AUGUCGAACAAAGGUGAACUCAAAGUUACUGUUGUUGAAGCAUCGGGAUUAAAGGACAAGGAUACUGUUGGCAAAAGUGAUCCAUAUAUCGAACUCUAUAUUGAUAAAGGAUACAAACAAAAAACUACCACCAAAGAGGGUACUCUAAGCCCAGUAUGGAACGAGAACUUCAAAUUCAACAUCAACAACCAGCAUACUCUUUAUCUCAAAGUUCUCGACAAAGAUAUCACUGACAGUGACAAGAUCGGAGAAACUAAAGUCGACCUCAAGGAAGUCUUCUCCAAGGGUUACGUAGAUACCUGGGUCAACUUACCAGCACUACUCGGCUUGACAAGCCAUGGCAAAGUUCAUUUGGUAAAAGUAUUUGCUGGUCUCGUCUCAUCACAAUGGAUAAUAAUGCGUCGUAUAGUCGAGGCAAAAAAUUUGAAGGACACAGAUUUUAUUGGCAAAAGUGACCCGUACGUCGAACUUUGGAUUGAAAAAGGCUACAAACAAAAGACUACUGUCAAAGAUGGUACUCUAAACCCAGUAUGGAACGAAGACUUCAAAUUCAAUAUCCAUGGUGAGCAUACUCUUCAUCUCAAAGUUCUUGAUAAAGAUAUCACCGAGGACGACAAGAUCGGUGAAGCUAAAGUCGAUCUUAAGGAAGUCUUCUCCAAGGGUUACGUGGAUGACUGGUUCAAAUUACCAGCACUUCUUGGUUUGUCCAGCCACGGACAAGUUCACUUGGUUCUUCAAUUCACAGCCGAAUAA